GGUUUAACAACAAGCGACUGAAGUAAACUUUCCCUAAACGUUCGCACCUCGGUUCUCAGUCAGUUGAUGUGCAUCUCGACAAGUUGUAAAGAUAACUUUUGAUAAAUCUCUCACACGAGCGAGCGAUAAAGUUAAAGGAUGUGUUAGCAACGUCAAGUGAGGGUUCUGCUAGUUGCUUUCCACGUUACAAACCUGUGUCUUCAAAGAAUUUAAAUUUCGACUUCCGUAGUAGAUUGAAAGGAAUCAGACAUGGGGAAUACGAGCAUAAAAGAACUUGAACAAAUGGGAGAAGUCAUCCCAGAAUUCAGCUCACAGGACUCUUCAGAUGUCGAGAGAACUUUACAAGUUGUUGGAAACGAGGAUGACGAAAACACGGUAUCUAAUGAAGAAAUCCCAGCAUGUGACAAUUUUAAGGCCAAAGCCAGACCAAAGAAAGAGAAAAAGCGAGAUAAUUUGAAAACGGAGAGCAAAGCUGAUCAAGAACUUUCCGAAACAUACCUUGAAGAGCACAUUCCCCGUAAAAAGAAGGCCAUGAAAGCAAAGAUUAAACAUUUAUUGAUAGAACUGCAUGGAAAAGAUGAAAUUCUUUCAAAAGGAAAGGAAAUUCUUGACCGUUUGACUGUUGAACGAGAACGUCACUUGGAGCGCAUUGAGGAAAAGGAGCAGGUCAUUGAAGGCAAGGAAUUUGUUAUCCAGUCUUUUCAAGAGAAAAUGCAAACAUUUAUUCAACGAAUAGACGAAAAAGAGUCAGAGCUAAGAGAAAAAGAACGAUUAUUAAAUGAAGCGAAUGAUCGAGUUGAGCUGUUACAGAAACAGCAAGCCGAACAAGAGGAGAUUGUGAAAGAAAUGCAGAGCACAAUGGAAAAUUUGGAUAAGCAAACGAAAAACGGCCAUCAUUCCAGAGAAGCAUUCAAUGCUGACUUAGAUGUUAAAGUUGAGUUUGAGUCCCUCAAGAGAGAAAAUGAACGCUAUAAGCUACAACUGCAAGAAAAUCUUAGCACUCUAAGAGAGAGAGAACGCGAGAUAAACUCUUUAAAGCGUGAAAAGGAAACUAUUCAAGAAGAGAAAAGACAUUGUGAUAAGAUCAGUCUUGAACGAAAGUUUUCAGUCGAUCGAUUAAACAGAGAGAAGGAAAGAGGCUUGGCAUAUCUCGACCAGUUAGAGAUAAGACUAAAAGAGAAGGACCAGGCAAUGCAGCAAGCUCGAGAUGAGAGUAUUGAACUCCGAGAUCAACUUAAACGCAAAGAUAAUCUGCUUUUGGAGAAGGACAGGACUUUGGAAACGUUAGAAAACUCGAGAAAAGGGACGUCUGACCGAUUGGAUAGACUCGAGAAGCAAUGGCAGGACGAGCGCAGAACUCAACGAAAUGCGUAUGAUGCGUUACGUGACGAGAAACGUGCGUGUGAAGAACGUUUGCAGCGCGCUCAAGCAGAUGUUGAAACAUAUCAAAGACGUAACCGUGUCUUAGAACGUGAAAUUGAUAGAGCGCGUCAAACUACUGACAUAUUCCGUGGAGAUCAACCAUGGAUCAUCCCAAGAGAAGAAAUCAAACUCUCCGAUAAGGUUCUUGGUACAGGCGCGUGGGGAAGAGUCCUUGAAGGGAAUUUUCGAGGAACAAAAGUGGCAGUGAAAGAAAUCCACGAAAUAAUUCAAUCAGCUCAUAACAGACUCCUCUUUGAUCGCGAAAUCACGUUUGCCACUUUAGUGAGACAUCCAUGUAUUUUACAGUUCUUAGCUGUGGCUGAUUACCGUACCAGCAAACCCCUCUUAGUGGCGGAACUCAUGGACAUGUCCUUGUCUCAACUUGUUAAAGAUGAGAAAACCUUAGGCAACAGAUACAUCAGGAUACUGGCGCUUGAUGUCGCUUAUGGUCUGAACUACCUUCACUGCUUUCGACCCAAUCCCAUACUGCAUCGUGACGUAAACAGCGGGAAUGUCAUGGUUUGGCGCCAAGGUGACAAGUGGCGCGGGAAACUCUGCGAUUUUGGGUCAGCGGAGUUCAUGGGAAGCAAGAUGUCAGAGAAUCCGGGAAAUCCGUUUUACUGUGCUCCUGAAGCAAACAGUUCUAGACACUGCCCCAAGAUGGAUGUGUACAGCUUUGGUGUUCUCCUCUGUGAACUCUGCAUCAACCAAACACCUAAUCCUGCUGAAAGAGAGCGACAAAUUGCACUGAUGUGGAACAAGGACCUGAGAGAGUUGGCUGAGCAGUGCAUCACACCAGAUCCGCUUACACGAUGUACCAUGACUGACGUCAUCAAUGUGUUAGAGCCCAUGACCACGUGAGACAUUAGAACUAGGUUUUUAAGUCUGAGAUCAUCUUACAUGUUUCGCACGUGAUUGAAGCUUCCGUGAAUUUUAUUAAAUGCUUGUUCGAGCAACUAUACCUUGUAAAGUAAAUUGUCAGGGAUGGUAUGGAGUUGUUCCUUUGCUGUUUCUAGAAAUAUCGAUACUUCAUAAUGAUAAAGUUGACGAUGAAUAUUUCUUAUCGUUGUUACUUCCACUCAAAAAUCAAAUAUUAAGCAAAAGAAACAAGUUUAAGUGCCACCUAAAUAUAACAUUCCGUGCAACUGAUUAUCCGAACAGGAACCCAUACCCUAAAAUGUAGUGUUUAAAUUUUUCUAGCUAAAGGAGGUACGCAUAUGAUAAAAAAAGAGAACGGUCCCUCUUGGUUCAUCCUCUCCUAUAUGGAUAAUGUAAUGGUUGUGUGGCGAGCUUUGGCCCAUCCACCUACAGACCUUACUGAAAAGAUUACUGUCAGUUCUGGAUCAUGUUUAAUACUUUGGGCAAUCAGCCUUUAUCUGCAAAACUUCGACACUUAUCUAGGACAUGUUACAAACUUAAUAUUUCUAAGUACAUCGUAGGACUGAUCCAAACACUACGCGGUUAUUUUCUACAGAGGAUCUAAUUAGUGGGAAGUGGGUCGGGUUGCUCUAGAUUAAAAAUAUUUCAAAA